AAUAUACAGGAUACUUGUACACAACCUCAAGCAGCAAUGCGAGUUUCACAGUUCCCACUGCCAUGGGCCAUUCCCACCACUAUAUAUUGUUGGUGUCAACGCCAUGCAUAGUUGAUGCUGUACAGACGGCACGCUUUCUGGAUAUAAACUCCACGGCAACUCCCGUCGCCAAGCCAGCUUCGUUUACCGCUUUCCUAUUUUAUACCCAUUUACCAUGCCAGUUGUUGAUAUCAUUACCAAUUCACAGGAAGUUGAUGCCAAGUCGCUCUCGGUCAAGGCAUCGACCUACAUCGCGCAAAUGCUAGAUAUUCCUAUCGAUAUGGGUCUCACCACUAUCAGCAGAAAUCCUAGCAUGUGUUUUGGUGGAACUCAUGAGCCUACAACCUUUGUCAAUUUCGUCUACUGUCGUACAAGUAAAUCUCCAGAACAGAGCACGAUUGUUGGAAAGUUCACCGAGUUCAUAUGCAGCGAGCUGGGUGUCAAUUCCAAACGCGUUUUUAUGAACCUAGUACAGGUAGACCCUGAAGCGUUCGGUUGGGACGGCGAGACACUUGCUCUCUCCUUUCCUAGAAACUACGGUCUCUAUUUCCCACUCUAGGUACAGAGUAUGGAAAUUGGUAGAUGCUGUAGGAUAGAAGGCUGCCCACGUAUGGCCUCAUUUUGUUCGACUUCAUAGUGGCAACCCUCGUUAAUCGGCGCUGACUGCCUAUUUACGCCAGCGUCAUAGAAAUCUUCAUCUUACAUCCUUUCUUAUCACAGAAUAUGUUUGCAAUAAAUUCUGCGAAUAUGUUAAC